AAAAUGAAUAAAAAUUAAAUCAUUUUAAUUUUAUUCAUCAAUAAAUGGCCGCAAUGAAGGGACCUGUGAUGGUGUUUCUGUUUCUUUUACUUGUGGUGGAUACCUGUAGUAGUAGUAGUACUGAGCAAAAGCUUAACGGAGUCUCUUUAAUAGUGAUUGGAGCCAAUGGGGAUCUCGCCAAGAGAAAAAUAUGGCCUUCACUUAGAGAACUGGUCCACCAAGACCUAACUCCUCUUUCUUCACUCCUCCUUUUUGCUGGUACAAGGAACCCCCCAGAGAAGACAAAGGACUUCCUGUACAGCUACUUUGAAAAACUGGUAUGUCCUGAAGAGUGGGAUAUCAGCACCAGACAAUGCUGGGAGCUAAAUGACAAGCUAUUUAACAGCAUCAUUCCAGUCCAAUUGAAUGAUCCUGAGAGCUAUGGCAGCCUUCAACAACAAAUAGAGGCACUGUUAAAUGAGAGGGGUUUGGCUGAAGAGGCACGUAUAUUCUACCUCUCUGUUCCACCUUUUGCGUACUCUUCCAUCUCUCGUUAUAUUCAUAAUUACUCUCGCCCUAUGUCCUCUUAUACAAAGCUCAGAGUUGCGAUCGAGAAACCUUUUGGCAAGGACCUUUCCUCAGCCAUAGAGCUAGCAGACUCGAUACUUGGUAACCUCAACAGCAAAGAAGUUUUUCUCAUAGACCAUUAUCUUCACAAACCAGGAGUAUCUCAGAUAGUAGAGUUUUGUAGAUCUAAUCCAUUGCUAUAUUCGUCUGCAGGCCUCAUUGAUCACAUUGAAAUAAUUUCAAGUGAAAGUAUUGACGUCAGAGGUAGAACAGACUAUUAUGAUCAGUAUGGCGUGAUUCGUGAUAUGAUACAGAAUCAUCUCACUGAGAUAUUAACACUGUUAACUCUUGAUUUGAGUAAUUUAACUUCUCCUUCUAAUAGACCGUUUGAUCUAAAUGCUGCCAAAUUUGAUAUACUUAAAUCAAUAUACCCACCCUUUCUCCAGAGUGCUGUGUUUGGACAGUAUUCCGGUUACCAAGAUGACCUGGAAAGCGACAAAGGAGGAAAUGCUCAUGUGAAUAUCAGUACCACACCAACACUUGCAAUAGUGGUGCUUCACCUCCAAUCACCGGUAUGGUUUAACAUACCUGUCAUUAUGGUUUCUGGUAAGAAACUAGGAAAGAGGGAGACGAUUGCCAAGGUUGUUUUUAAAAAGACACGGCAUGUUUCCUUGAGGAAGAAAAAUGGCUAUUGCGAUGAUAUAGUUUUCACAAUACAAGACAGCAAUGGAUCAUCUUUCAUUACUUUGCCCUCUAAUCACAACUUUAAUCUACCAAAUGACAAAACCUGGACCUAUAAUGAAGGAGAUGGGACAAGUUGCAGUUCCAUGAAGACAAUACCAUUAGGACGCAUGGCACUAAAGGAGACAUAUGCUUCAGUUUUAAGGAGUUUGAUUCGAGGAGAGAGUGAUUUAUUUGUACCACUGAGCAAUGUAUUGGAAUCAUGGAGAAUAUGGUCUUCUUUAUUGCUAGAGUAUGAAGAGGGAAAAGGAGAACACUUGAUGAUAUACAAUAAAAGCUUCCUUGACAAUCUUCGAUUGACACUAAAUGGUAGUACACUAACUGUGUUUGUUAACUCCAGUGAUCCUCAAGACAAUUUGGUGAGCUUUGAAAAGGAUGGAAUUAGCUUUAAAAGUGGUAAUAAGACAGUAGAAAAAAUAAAAGAGAAGAUAUUUGGUCAUUUUCUUUAUAAAUUCUCAAGAUCAUCACUUGCUCGUGAAAUCAGCCAAGAUAUACUAGACACAGCCAUUACCUCUGUACAAGCACGAGAUAGCUUCCACCUUGCAUUACCAGGAGGAUCCUCACCAGCAGAUGUUUAUCAAUCCCUAGUUGUAGAUUAUAAGCACAGUUUUCCAUGGACGCAUACUUCAAUAUGGCAGACCGAUGAAAGAUGCGUACCCAUUACAUCAAGAGACAGCAACUUGUUUCAAUUGUCUAAAACUUUAUUGGCACAGGUUGGUGUUCCAUAUGUCAAUAUUCAUCCACUUUUCCCAGUCUGUCAUAAAUCAGAGAGUGUCCUUAACGAGUAUGCUUCCAUUAAUUAUUUUGACUACGUUUUGCUAGGAGUGGGCAAAGAUGGUCAUACAGCCUCUCUCUUUCCUGAUAGUGUCAAUAGUUCAUUUUCCCCUUUUGAUAAUAAUGAGACUGUUAAAUUUGUUAAGUUACCCUUGGACUACCCAAUAAAGGUCAAAGAGCGUGUGACAUUAUCUAUGGAGAGGCUAGUAAAGGCAAGAAGAAUUGGUAUGAUCAUUACUGGUAAAGACAAGUGCCAUUUGGCUCAUGUUAUUGAAUCCAAAGACAAACACAACUCAUCAUUACCAUUUGUGCAGCUAUUAAGAAAAGCUAAACCAGGGACUGUGAAAAUAUGGAUGGACAGGAACAUUUGUAAAAAGUAAUUAUGUGUAAUAUACAAUUAAUGAAAUGAAU